UCCAACAUAAAGGCUAGACACGCCGGGAGAGAAGGAAAAAAAAGGAGGGGCGGUUCGCCAUUUUUGACGAAAAAGAUGGAGGAGAGCGCAUCGGAGUCCCCACGCGCCGAUCAAAGCAGCCACGUCCCCUUCGCUCGUGGCGGCCCAAUCUACGUCCCCGACCUCGUCAGCGCCAUCACCUCUGUCCCCGAUUCCAAGAUUUCCCUUCUCCACGAGCUCCAAAGUUUAGAAGCGGAACUGGAUUCGACCUCCGAUUUCGACGAUGAGCUCUCGGUUGAGGAGCUUAGGGUUUUUUCGGAGGAGGAGUUGGUGGAGAGAGCUCUCAGAGAAGGAUUUGAGGAUGCUUCUGCGGAUGCCGGCCCGUCGCUGUCGGUAGAAACUGAUGAUAGGGAGGAAGCAUAUCAGUCAUUCAUCACAGGGAAAGAAAUUGUUUGUUCAGGAAAUUUAGCUAUUGUUAACAAUGACGUGGGUUCAUCUACAUCUUUGAAUACUUCUUCAAUACCGGAAAAUACAUCUAAUGGUUCAAGGAAAAAGUUGCAGCGCAAAAAGAGUAAGAAAAGAGGACGAGUCUUUGAUAGACAUAGUCGAGCUGCUGAAUUGGAAGGAAGUUAUUUAAGUAAAGUGAAAGAACUUGCAAAAAUUAAGCAAAAACAGGAUGAAGACAAAUUAGCAGCGAGGUUACAUUCAUUCAGGUAACUUCUUUUUCUUUGUUCUUGACAUCUUGUAUAAUCUUGCAAAGUUAGUUUUUCUAUCAUGCGUUACUUUUACAUUGAAUAAGCUAACAGUCUUGUGUAACAAAAGUGAAUGUGCUUCGUACUUAGAAGCUCAAGAUACCUUUGUCUGAUUUGUUAUUGCAAUUUGUGUGAAGUUUUAUCAGGUCUUCAUGCAGGAUAUGGGACAUGAAUCAUGUUUUUAACAUUUAGCCGCGCUUUUAUUGCAUUGCUCCAAUGUGUGCUUGUACUUCUUUCCUUCUGUGAGAAAGGCUAAUAUUAUUGGGAAACAAAUUGUAGCCAUCCAGUUGAGUGAAAUCUCCAAUGCAUAAUUUUAAUUUUCUAUGUCAUCUGAUGUGACUAAAUGUUCCCCAAGAUUAAAUGCUACUAUUGCAACCAAAAUCUGUUUUUUCCUUAUUUCUUUUCUUCUGUAUCUUGUGGACAAAUUUCUCUUCUGAGGUUAGGGUAUUUCCUUGACUUUUCUUGUCAUGUGCAUCUAGAACUUAGACGUGUGGAACUUAACUUGAAGAUCAAUUUGUGGCCAAAAAAGUUAGGGAUUGAGGCUUGGCUAACACAUACCAGUUGGCAUACGAGGAAUGUAAAAGUAACAUUGAUGAAGAAAAGGAAUAAUAGAAGAGGGAGAUUUAAAGGAAGAUCAGUUGUUGGAACCCAAAAUUUACUUUGUCACUGACAAGUUCUUUUUUCAUUUUUAAGCAGGCUUGUAUGUGACAGUUGAAAUAGAAACCCUAAUCUUAUUCAUGAGAUAACAUGAGCUUAUAUAGGCCCCUACAACUUACAAAUAAGCCCCUAAACCUAUUAAUAUUUCAACACUCCUCCUCAAGAUGGGCGAAAGAUAUCCACUAAGCCCAUCUUGUCACAUCAUCUAAUCAUAUCUACUAAGCUAAGUCCCUUAGUCAGACAAUCUGCUGCCUGAUCCUUAGUUGGAACAUGACUUAACUCCAGUAGUCCAUUGUCCAACUUCUCUUUGAUGAAGAACCUAUCGAUCUAGAUGUGUUUGGUUCUAUCAUGCUGCACUGGGUUGUUGGCGAUACUGAUGGCUGACUUGUUAUCACACCACAACUUCAUCUUGGCUCCUUGAUCCAGCUUCAGCUCCAUCAACAUACUCUUCAACCACAACAACUCUGUAACUCCUAAGGCCAUGGCCCUAUACUCUGCUUCAGCUGUUGAUCUCGCUACCACCGAUUGCUUCUUGCUUUUCCACGAGACCAAGUUGCCUCCUACAAAGAUACAAUAUCCUGAGGUGGAUCUCCUGUCAUCAGCACAGCUAGCCCAAUCAGAGUCGCAAUAACCCUCGAUGUUCACAUGUCCAUUCUUCCUGAAUAUCAGUCCCUUCCCGGGGGCACUCUUUAAAUAUCUCAGAAUCUGGUACACAGCGUCCAUAUGACCCUUCCUCGGAUCGUGCAUGUAGCGACUCACCACGCUCACUGCAAAAGAGAUAUCAGGAC